UCGUCUUCCAAUCAAUUGUCGGCGUCAUUUGUGGUUAGCCAAAUUUAGAAAAGAAGUGAAAAGAACGAGCAAAAGAAUAAAAAUGGAUACCGUGGAGAAACUGAACGUACAACAUAAGGAAAAGGAAGACUGGCGUAUGCCCUUGGUGAGGAGCCAGUCAAUAUCAAAUGGGCAGCAGCGAAAGCAAAAGGUCGCUGGCGAGAAGCGGUUUGCGACGGUUAAGGAGAGCUUGUGGGGCGAGCAGGAGUACGAGUUCUUCAAGAAAUUCCAUCAGCUUCAGAUGGAUGAGAAUUUGAACAUUGCCAAGUUUGAGCACAUCGUGGACGAGAUUAAGGUCCGGGUUACGGAGCAGAUGUCCGAGAUCGCCAUUAAGGAGGCGGAUUUGGUGAAGCAGUUGAAGCUGAUCAAGGAUUACUAUCUGUUGGGACGGGGAGAACUCUACUCUGAACUGCUCAAGCAGACAAAGUCGAUGCGAACGCUGUUCUCCAAAGGCAUUACCGAUGCUUCGUCGCGUGACCUGAACCGGGCCUUCCAGCUGGCCGCAAACAGCGUCAACAUCACGGAAGAUAUCGAGCAGUUCUCGUUCGCGCUUCCCCCGAAGGACGAAGUGGAAAGCGCCUGUUACGAAACCAAGAGCAUUCUCAGCUACAUCACGCUCAAGUACAAGGUAAAGUGGCCACUCCACCUGCUUUUUUCGCCCAAAACCCUCGACAAGUACAACGAGAUGUUCCGGUUUCUGCUGCGCAUCCGGAAGAUCCAGUACGACAUCCACCAGGUUUGGACCUUCCAGCGAGAGAGUAAAAUCAAGAAAAACUCCGAACUGCUCCAGUUCCGCAACAAGCUGAUGUUCCUGAUCGACAACCUGCAGUACUACCUGCAGGCGGACGUCCUGGAGAGCCAGUUCAGCAUCCUGAUGGCCGCGAUCGGCGAAACGAAGGACUUUGAACGGAUCCAACGGGCGCACACGGUCUUCCAAGCGAACGUGCUCAGCUUGUGCUUCCUGAUGUCGAACAACAGCGCAAGCGACAUGACCAACACGACCGGAGUCAUCCACGUCAACGAGAACCCGGUGCUAACAAUCCUCGAUAAGGUGCUGGUCCUGGUGGACAAGUUUUGCUCGUUCUGCACCAGUUGCAAAGAUCCGAUGACGAAGAUCGAGCGGCAAGAGUUUAACGGAUACGAUCAAGCCUUCAAGAACCACGUGGACUCCCUGCUGAAGCUGUUGAUCGGCCUCAAGGCCGGCCCAAGCAGUGCCCCACUCUCCCAGUUGCUCCUACGGCUGGACUUUAACCACUGGUUUAGUAACAACUCGCAAACUGCUUCGUCUUAAAACACUCGCUCUUUAUUGAUCAACCUCCAUCGACUGCAGGUGGGCCUUCAUAAGGAUGCACUUGGUCAUUACGCACUCGCAAGGUAAGCUGUGCUCUUCCUUUUCCGCGUCCAGCAGCGUCAGCUGCAGGUUGUAUCUGCAAAAUAAACAUUGUUACAAACUUAA